UCCAACAGUAAAAAAUCUGCGACAGGCGACGUAGACUACAUGACACUUAGUGCACUAUGCCAUCACUGUGGCAAACCCGACGAGCACUAACUCGCUUCUCGGUUUUUGUUGUAGGUGCGGCGUGCGGGUGUAAAAACAGCAGUUGCAGGGCUUCCAUGUUAUCACGUACGUUUACACUCCCGGUUGGAGGAGCAAGCGGUGGGAGCACCCAGUCAGUGCUUCGCUUGGUCUCUCUCGGGUUAGAGCGACAUAGUCGCCUGCUCGUGUAUUUUGAUUUUUCGAGCUGUGUGUUUUCUGAUCUGGCCCACGAAAAUUUUACUUUACGAUAACUAGUGUUAUUAGAGUGGCGAUCAGUCAGUUGAAAGUGGUUUGUAGUUAUCACAUCCCAGAUGUCCACUGCAAGGCCAGCUAACGCUCGCCGCGUCCAGUCAGCUGUGGAUGCCUGCGCUGCAGCUCUGAGGGAUCUCACAACAUCGGACGAUCUCAGCCAGCAAAGCUAUCGUGUCGGUCAGGCGGUGGAAAUCAAAAUCAACACCAGCGCUCCGGACGCCUGCACACAUCUGCGUUGUGAAGUGAAUAGCGACCAGAAGGGAGCAGAGUGCGAGCAAGCUGAGCUGCUCAAAGGCGAACAGGAAGGAUGGAUUGUGCGCUUCGCACCAUCUGCUGAGGACACGUACAUCCUCUCAGUCACAUGGGCGGGAAAGCACAUUAGCGGAUCUCCGUUCCGCCUCAGGUUCGUGUCCGCGUCGGAACCGAAGAAGAUCGUCGUACGUGGAAUUGGAGAUGGCACGCACUGGACAGUAACGCAGCCGGUGCAGUUCAGUGUGGACACGCGCUCGGCGGGCAAGGGACAGCUGAUAGUGCGGGCAUCCGGACCCACCCAGGGCAUACCGAAGUUUAACUUACAUGACAAUGGCGAUGGCACGUACAAAGCAACGUACAUACCCAGUGCAGUCGGCGAGCACAGCUUUGAUAUCACCUAUGCCGACGAGCCAAUACCAGGAAGUCCUUUCUCUAUUACGGUGGAUGCUGAUAUGGACGUCACGGCUGUGCGUGUUCAGGAGUUGACGAUACCCGAGGCUGUAGAUGGCAGCUACAUUGUUGGCCAGGCAGCUGAGUUCCUGGUGGACGCCAGUGCGUGCACUGUUCCGUCUUUACCACCACUAACUACACGCGUGUCCGCCGUCACGUCCGAUUCACAAUGCAAAGCCAUGAUAUCGCACGUGAGCGAGCAAGUGUACAGGGUGCGCCUUCAGCCGUCAGAGCCGGACACAUUUUUGCUCGGUCUGUUCUUUGGCAGUGAAGCACUCCCGAGUAAUCCCCAUCGGCUUUGCUUUGGCCGUGCUCCGGAGGCAUCGCGGUGUCAAGUGCUCGGCCUGUUCCCGGAUGGUUGGCUCACCAUGCAACCAGUCAGCUUUCAUGUCGCAACGGCUGAAGCUGGCGUUGGUCGGCUAACCGUAGAUGUGAAUCUGCUAUCACAGCGCUUUGAUGAUGAGUCAGGCCGUGCACUAAAUGGCUCUGAAUCGCCGCAUAGCCUCCGGUCACCGGCAUCGCCCUCCCGCGCCCCAGUAGGACCACUGGACAUCAGUGUGGAGAAGGAUGGUAGUUUACACACCGUACAAUUCAAACCCGCUGUGCCGGGCUACUACAAUAUCAGUAUACGCUGGGCUGAUCGGCAUGUGACCGGCUCUCCAUUUCGAAUUGGCGUGGCUGGUCAUCAACCGGAUGCAACGCAGUGCCGCCUGAUUGGCAAUGAUGUCCAUCGGCAAUUCUUCAAAAUCGGUGACAGUUACUCGGUGAUUGUCAAUUGUGAGCGUGCUGGCCCAGGACAACUACAGGUCAAUGUUACCGGCGCUAUCGUUGAUGACUCCGAGUUCUGUGUAGAUGACCUCGGUGACGGGUGCUAUGAGCUCAACUUGGCACCCAGCCAGCCUGGUGACUACACGCUAGACCUUGGCUGGGCGGAUGCAGCCAUUCCCGGCUGUCCGCUGCGCAUGUACUUUGCCAACGACGUUGACGUCAGCAAAUGUCUCCUGGAGGGCACUGGCCUGGCACAUGCCGAGCUUGGUAACCGGGCAGAGUUCCAGGUGAUAACACGAGGCACUGGUCUAGCGCCGCUAUCAGCAUCUAUGGCAGACGAAAAGGGCCGUUCCGUGCCGGUUGAGGUCAUACAGACCGGACCGGCUACCCACUGCUGUGCCUAUACCGUGCACUCGCCAUCCAAUCACAUCCUGCAUGUUCGCUAUGGCAACGUAGACGUACCUGGUUCGCCAUUCCAAGUGAGAGUAACGCAGCCGUUUGCACCGGAGCGCUGCAAAAUCCUCGGUGGACGGGUCAAGGACAGCAUAUUGGGCAAGCCUGUUCAGUUCUAUGUUGAGAGCAAGGAGGCUGGUCCAGGGAACUUGAGUGUGGAGGCUGUAUCCAGCGACAGCCAAAAGCGCUACAAGGGUCAUCUGAGUCAGACUGUGAAUGGCAAGACGCUGUGUCGACUCAACCUACCCACUGUGGAUCGAUACACGACUAGCAUCAAGUAUGAUGGGGUGCACAUUGCCGGUUCGCCGUUCAAGCUACGUGUCCUGCAGCCGCCGAAGCCGUCCAUGGUGAUGGCAUUCGGUCAGGGGUUGUCCAACUGUGAGAUUGGCCAGGGUGGAGACUUCAUAGUGGAUGUGACUGAUGCAGGUAGCGGUAUGCUAGGCAUACGUGUACAGGGCCCACGGGGUGGAUUCAAGGUUGACACCACUAGACUGCCGUCCAAUGACAAGCAGAUCCUGGUCCAGUACAAUCCUGUCGAGUGUGGGCAGUACCAGAUCAACAUCACCUGGGCGGACGAGGUUAUUCCAGGCUCACCAUUCCUACUGACUGUCUAUGAUCCCUCUCAGAAUGAGCUGGGAUUGAGUGUGUGAGUCACAACCAUGCAAGCAGACACAGGUGGCUGUGCUCGAACCCCACAACAAUACCUUUGGUACACCAUCGUCCCCGGCUGUCGCGAGACUGCAUAUACGUCAUUGAACGCCUACGCUCUGGAAGCACUUCUCCAGUGGCUUACUUGUAAAACGAUUGUGCUCUGACUCCCCCGCCCCCGGUGGCUUGAUAAGUGAACUGCGAGUGGAUUCUGUGUGCGUAUAUUUGAUCUCAUUCUGACCCAGUCAGACUUUUCGGCGCAGUGUUGUACAUUCAUGAUCCGGCUCAAGUGGCUUGAGGCAAACAUGUAGCUUCUUACUCCCUGUAUUGAAUAUGCUGGCGUGUUUUGCUGAGCAUUGCACACCAACCCGAUGAGAAUAUUGCUGCUUUCAAUCAGGAUCUGAUUAGCCUGGCUCUCUAGCUCUGGCAAUGGCUAUCAUCAAAUAUGACUGGAUUAGCCCGUGACAUAGCUAUUUUGCGGUCAGUCUCGCAUGUCCACUGUCAAUUUCAUUAUUUCGCUACCGGUAACGGAAUUGACGGUGGACACCCGAGUUCUUAUUAAAAGGACCAGCCCACAGAAGUGUGUAUCCGUUUGCAUGACCAUUCAACUUCAAGUAGCCAUGUAACUUGUUAUA